CGGACACAUACACAGGAAGUUCCACUCUGCGACGAUCUUCAAUCCUGCAACUUUCCUUGCUUCAUUCUAAACCUAUGACCGCGAAGUCAAUGCGCGUCGCAUUAUGAAAUGAAAUGAAAGCCCCAUUCAAUCCCUCGCCACACAGUCCCUCCGCGAUAUCUGUCUAACUCAAAAGACGCAAGACCAUAUACCUCAAACGACAGACGAAAAAGACAAUAGAGACAGAACAUGGCACACUCAAAGCGAAACACCUCCCUCCCUCACUUUACAUCUUACGAACGCAGCCUCCUCCGCGGAUCCUGGGGCACCCAACGCACCCGAAUCGGUCGCGACUCCUUCCUCCCCUUUGACUCAUGUCGGCUUUGCCUGCAACCCGCUCGUGCUCCUGUCGUGGCGUGCGCAACAAAUGGAGACCUCUUCUGUCGGGAAUGCGCGAUUAGCGACCUUCUUGCCCAGCGACAGGAGAUUAAGCGGCUAGAACGGGAGCGGGAGGAGGCAAGGCGACGUCUUGAGGAAGAGGAAGCACGGACAAUGGAAGAGGCGAAAGCGAGAGAAGUUAGGGAGUUCGAACUUGUCAGUAUGGGAUUGGAGGGGAGUAAGAAUAACAAUAACAGGGCUCGUGAAGAAUAUGACUAUAGUAGAAAGCGGAAGGUCGAAGAGGCUGCUACAACCGGGUCUGGAGGAGUUGAUGUGGAGGGUGGGAAGAGACGGAGGCUGUCAAGUUUGGAUGAGAAAGGGAUUUCCCCGGAGGAGAGAGAGAAUAUUCGACGGGAACUGAAGAGGGAGAAGUCCGAUGCAAAAUCAUCUAUCCACUCGUUCUGGAUUCCCUCUCUUACGCCAGAUACUGAUCCUACCGAAGCCAUAGCAAACAAGUCUGUGAAGCUAUCCCCCAUCUGCCCUGGAUCAAACGAAUCAAAUCGGCAUAGCUACUCUCUCAAGUCUCUUGUGGAUGUGCAUUUCACCGAGGACAAGGCCACAGAUGGUUCCGUAUCGAGGGUUUGCCCGAGUUGCAAGAAGAAUCUAAGUAAUGGAUUGAAGGCCAUGUUGACCAAACCAUGCGGCCACAUAAUCUGCGCUCCCUGCGUUAUAAAGUUUAUGACUCCUUCCCCCGACCACCAGCAGCCGGACCCUCACGCUUCUAAAGAGGAGCAGGAACGCUCGGCAGCCAUGCAGGGCCGUAUGCUCUGUUACGUCUGCGAGACCGACAUCACGCCUGACGACUGGAAGAAGGAUACCACCGGAGCCACGGACGGCAACGGUCUUGGCAACGAUAAGAAGUCGAAAAGGAAAAGGGACAAGGAUAAGGACAAGAAUGGGGUCAAGCCGGGUCUGGUGGAGGUUAGUUCGGAGGGGACGGGGUUCGCUGGGAAAGGUGGAAAUGUGGCUACUAAAGUCGGUGUGGCGUUUCAGUGUUGAGCUGUCGAUCCAUUAUAUGCAGUGUAGACAUUUACCAUUUACAUAUGAUACAGAAUAUGCAUAUCUAUAUAGUGUCUUCGAUGGGUAAUUGAUUCGGAUUUGGAUAGAUCAUUUCCUUUUUCCCUAUGCAUGCAACAUGUUCUAAUUGUAUGACCUAUUGUAUCGAAUUUGGUUAACAGAAGAAACUCUCAAGUAUGACUAUUUUGAAUGAUAUACAGCGCUGGUAUAGAUACAAAAGCCCGGGAUUCCUUGAUACCCCAAUCUACAGGCUUAGAUUGCCCUUAAAACAAGAUCCCAUCACCAUUUAUCAACCUAUUUCUUCCUCGCAUUGUUGAACUCCCGUACAACCACCUCGCACUUGACCUCUUGACACAAUCGCUUGCGACGGCUUGCCUCCAAUUUUGACGCGAACUCCAGCCCACUCGCCCGUUCCACCGCCUCAAGCGGGACCUCAAAGUCCGAUAGGCGCUUAUCGUUGGGAAUCCGGGCAUUAGGCAGGACAAAGGCUCCCAGCGCUACAUUGCUCCGGGGAUUUCCAGUUCCAUCCUCGCCGUAGAUGACCUUGUAGAAAUGAGUCGGGACAGCGACAUUGGGCGGGUUACCGAUCACCUCGUAGCUGACGCGCCACUUGCCAUCGGCAUCACGAUGAGGUAGAUACAGCGGACCGGUGAUAAUGCGAACCGAGGGAUACUUUUUGGUGAGAUUCCGGCAGAAUUCCUCAAAAUGGGCCCAGUAGUCACGGUUGAAACCCUCUCCAACCUGUGGGCACAUGUUGCUCAGAGCGAAGGUUCCGUCCAUAGCGUCUUGUGACCAUUUGGCGUCUGCGGCAGGGACCUGGUGACCCCUGUCGUAGCCGGAGCGGAAGUAGUCGGACAGUUUAGCGCGAAAGGCCGCUGGGAUCGUGGUGUCCUCGAAGAACGUGCUGUUCUUGCGGUCUGCGUUGUGCUGGGCGAGCGAUUGGGGUGUGAUAUGUUCUGCUACCCAGGAGGGAUUGCGGGUGCGACGGUCAAAGGCUCCAGUAAACGGUAGAGAUGAAAGUGUGUCAGACACGGGGCCAGGGAAUCCAUAUUGCAGAAUGCCGGUAGGGUCAACUGGGGAUCCAGUUGGAGGUUUGGGAGCGAGAGAUGGAGUCGGAAAUUGCGGGGAGGGAACCUUGCUCAAGCCAGCAGGUGUCGGAGUAGAUGGAGGGGGAGCAAUAGCCAGAACAGGUAAUUCUUUCUGGGACGGUUUCGAGGAAUAGAAGAGCGCCGUGAUGCCAGCACCGGUGGCAGCGCUGGCGGCGGCAAUGACUGCAAACGUUGCUUUGGACAUGGUAGCUCGGGGUAACCUAGCGGUCCCGUCUACUGGAGGAUUAAGGAACUGACCACGGCCGGCCCAACUUGUGCUGCCUGGAGAAUUCCCACCCUUUUAUUCCCAAAUGCGCAGAAGCAGGAGCCGUGAGGGAGAAGUGGAA